AUGCGGCAGUGAUCUGUGUGAGUUAUGCCGCAGUUAUUGUGUAGCCGUUCAAGUGAUCAAACGUGAAGCUUCGGACACUACUCGCAAAACGUGAUGCAGCGCUUCGCCUUCGUCUUAAUUGCAGUACUGUGUGGCAUUCGCAGUGCCGCAUCGUAUUUCGGCGACGAUUUAAUUUUACAUGGAAACAAUUUACAUUUGGUUGGAAACCGAGGAAAAGUUUACGGUGAUAAUUGUAACGUUGUUGGUGAUUCUUGUGAUAUCUAUGGAAAUGAUGGAAAAAUAGUGGGUGACAAUGGUGUUAUUGUUGGUGCGAGAGGAAUGAUCGUGGGCAACAAUGGAAAUAUAACCGGCAGUAACGGUAAAAUAACAGGAACUAACGCAGGAAUUCAAGGCGAUAACGCGCAUGUUAAUGGCGAAAAUGCUGUUGUGAUAGGAGAUAAUGCUAAGGUAACAGGUCAAAACGCAAGAAUUAUAGGGAACAAUGGUACAAUUGUUGGAGAUUAUGGUACUAUCCACGGUAAUAAUGGUGUUAUUCGCGGUUAUAGUGCUAGGAUAGUAGGAGAUAAUGGAGUAAUUUACGGCAAAGGUGGUACCAUUUCUGGUGCAGGAGGACAUAUAUAUGAGAAUGACAGCGUAGUUGUGAAUUCCGUUGGCAUCAUAAUAACAAAUGGUAACUGGUAGUUUGGUUUUGCCAGAAUUGCAAUUUUUAGAAACUGUUUGCAAUAUUUUAAUCAGAAGAUGCCAUUUGCUCAGUGAAAGUAGACGUCACUCUGACAAUAAAAGACGCCAUUGAAAUUAUUUCACUCUCUUAUGACUGGCUGUUAUUUGUACAGUAGCUUUUGGAACUGCCAAGAUUGUUGUUAACUACCUUUAUUGUGCGCAUUAAGGUGGUAGACGUAGGCCUACAUCACGUAACAAUAUCAGUUAUCAUAUUGUCAUGAAGAAUGAAAAAUAUUAGAGGACAAUAAUCAAUUAUUUGCAAAAAAUAAUCAUGCCCUCUAUAAACUGUUUUAUUUUUCUCUUCUUUUUUUGCAUGUUGAGUGACAUAUUACUUUUCCUUUUAUGAUUUUAUGCACAUAAUGACUAAUAAAUGGAUCGUCUUGAUCAACA